AUGACUUCUACCAGAAGUGCGAGCACUAGCAAUUGUAAAGGAGAGUCGAAGGGUCCUAAUUCUGGAAGACUUCGUGACAUCUCAAGGGGGAAAAUGUCUACAGACGAAAAGCUGGAUAAUAUUUAUGUUAUCUUAUCAACGCUCAAAGAACAGAAUGAUGUUUUGAAACAGACAGUUAGCAAAUUGGAGCAACACUUGGUAGAAUCUGAAGAUAGGCAAUGUGAGCAGGACAAUAAACUGAAUGAUCUUGAACAGUAUGGAAGGAAAAACACUAUUCGAAUAGUGGGACUUGAGGAUUCCAACAGGAAUGAAACUGAUGAGGAAUGUGUUGAAAAGAUUGUAAAAUUUGUAUAUGACAAACUGAAUGUCACAAUUGUUGAAGCAGAUAUCGACAUAGCCCAUAGACUUGGUGUGUACCAGCGGGGUAAACCUCGAAAUAUUAUCUGUAAGUUUACCCACCGUAUAAGAAAAUUUAAGAUCAUCAAACAGAGGAAACUACUGAAGGGAACACGAUGCUUCAUUAUGGAGGACCUAACCAGGAUCAAUCAACAGAGACUUAAAGAGGCUUUUGAGCUCAGGUGUGUUGAGAUAUCCUGGAGCACUGAUGGGAAACUGUUUGUGUUGCUAAAAAACGGGGAAAAACGGAGAAUUCAAUACAACGCUAUCAUGACUGAGGCUUUCCUGAUGAACGAUGACAAUUUUUGCCGUAAGUGA